ACCAGAGAAAUCCUUUUCUUCUUCCAUGGCCAACCGCCUCCCUCUUGUUCUCCUCCUCCUCACCACCACCGCCGUCAUCUCAGCCGCAUCACAGCCCUCAACCACCGCCCCAACGUCACCAAUCUGGAACUCCCCACAAGAGCAAAAAAACCCCAACCCCGACACCACCAUCGAUCGCCAACAGCUUAACAACAUAAUAGACGCCCUGAUCGGAGCCGGCGACUUCAACAACUGGGAGGAAAUGCUCUCCGGUGCUGUUGACACCGCCAUGUUCCCGCUUUCCGCCACCUUCUUCAUACCCACCAACGAUUUCCCGCCAAAUCUUGACAUGGACCCUUUCAUUUUGGCCUACCAUAUCGUCCCUCAACGCCUCACUUUCUCUGAUCUUUGUCUUCUCAAGCCGUUCUCUCGCCUCCCCACUCUCUUGCCCACGAAAUCGAUUCUCGUUACAAACACUUCGGUUUUGAACUUCACUCUCGACGAUUCUGUUCUUUCUGAACCUGAUUUUUAUCUCACUUCCACCAUUUCUGUUCAUGGGGUCUAUAAUUUUCUUGACUACUCAGUUUAUGGUGAAAAUUACACUCUUUCCUUGCCUGAACCUUCACCUCCGCCACGCCCGCCUGCUCCAAAGCCGUUGUUUGUCCCCACGGAGGAGGAGAUUGGAGGCGGCCAUGGCGGCGGCGGCGAAGGCAGCCAUGGUGCUGGCAAAAGGUCUGAUGCUGCAUGCUUGUGGUGGGAGUUUCAUGUGGUUUUUGGGGGGUUGAUUGUGGGGUUUUUGGGGUUCAAGAUUUUUGUAGAGUGA